UAUCGCUCUAAAAAUGCAACAUUUUGUGUGAAAAAUCAGUACUUGACUCCUCAAGAACAAAGUCACCAGCAGCAGAAGUUUUCCCCUUACGACUCUCCUUCCCAAUCGCAGCCUGGAGGGCAGUUUCCACCAAGGGUUUAUGUGGGAUACUCUAUAUAUAAAGGGAAAGCUGCUCUUACAGUGGAACCUCGUGCGCCAGAGUUCUCUCCUUUAGAGUCUGGGGCCUUUAAGCUGUCGAAAGAGGGCUAUGUUCUGCUCCAGUUUGCUCCGGCAUCUGGUGUUCGUCAAUAUGAUUGGAGUCGGAAACAGGUAUUCUCGUUAUCAGUGAAUGAAAUUGGACACAUAAUCAGCCUUGGUGCAAGAGGCUCUUGUGAGUUUUUCCAUGACCCAAAUAAAGGAAAGAGCGAUGAGGGCAGAGUGAGGAAAGUGUUGAAGGUGGAGCCUUUGCCUGAUGGUUCUGGCCACUUCUUCAAUCUAAGUGUUCAAAACAAGAUCACCAACGUGGACGAGAACAUCUAUAUCCCCAUCACAAAGGCAGAGUUUACUGUUCUUGUAUCAUCUUUUAAUUUUGUUCUACCAUAUCUAUUGGGCUGGCAUACCUUUGUGAACUCCAUAAAGCCUGAAGAUGCAAAUCGUCAAAACAGCUCUAACGCCACUAACCCUAGAUCUGCAGACUUCGAAUGGACCAGAUAGCAAAAAGGUUUUGAGGUUUCCUAGGCUCCUGAAAGCAGGGAGUAAGCUCUGAGCGGAUAUCGA